CAACCGUCAAAAAUAUCAAGUGAAGUUUGGUUGUAAAUUUAUUAUUAUAGAAUAAAAAUGCCGAAUCCUGACAAACCGAAAGCCAGAGGCAGAAAACGAAAACACCCUGUAUACGACGAGAAGGGCGUUCACAUUGAAACGCAAAUGGACAUGUGCGACUGCUUGGAGAGCGAUUGCCCGGGCUGUUUUUUCCCUUGUUUCAAGUGCAAGUCAAAAAAAUGCGGACCCAGGUGUAGGGUAUUGCGAACGUAUAUUUACGACUCCAUAUCCAAUUCCAAUGAAGACCAAGUGAACUCGUUCAAGUUAAAUUCCAUUUUUUCCAAAAUUGUUAUCACAAUCAACUAAGUUUGAGUAGGUAUUUUAUUC